AUGAAGGAAUACCAAGUCCAGCACCACGAGAAAUAUUUCCAGAAGCCAUUGUCACGUCAAUCUACCGGUCAAAGCUCAACCGAUUUUGAUACAAAGUCAGUCCGCAGUGUCUUAAUGAAAAAGAUGCAUUUGAUCAAACGUAGGCGGCGAAGCACUGAUACAACCACGGAGCGUUCUGAAGGGCCACCAUAUCAUUCUAUGGAUCUCGAUACCGUCUCACAACUCUUACACACCGAUUUAGAAGAUGGUUUAGCGGAUGCUGCAAUUGAAGAAAAACGUACUCAAGCAGGAGGCUAUAAUGAGAUGGAAGGCGAAGGAGGUGUCAGUCCUAUCAAGCUACUUAUCAAGCAAUUUUUAAACAUCAUGGUAUUGAUCCUGUUGAUUGCCAUGGUGGUAUCAUUUGUCUUUAAAGAUUAUAUUGAAGGCGGUGUGAUUUGUGCCAUUAUGUUUUUGAAUGCGGCGGUUGGCUUCAUGCAAGAAUACAAAGCGGAAAAGACGAUGGAUUCCCUAAGACAAAUGGCUUCACCGACAAGCCAAGUUAUUCGUAAUGGUCAUCAAAAAACAAUACCUACUCGCGAACUUGUUCCUGGCGAUGUGCUUAUUUUAAAGAGUGGUGAUGUGGUUGGUGCUGAUUGUAGAAUUAUUGAAUCAUUUAAUAUGGAUGUAGAUGAAGCGCUAUUAACUGGUGAAAGUGUGCCCGUCAAUAAAGUAACUGAAGUAAUACAAGGUGACGACAUUCCACUGGGUGAUCGUAUUAAUAUGUCGUAUUCUAGUACGGUACUUACCAAAGGCCGUGGUAAAGCUGUGGUGACAGCGAUCGGCAUGCAAACAGAAAUCGGUAAGAUUGCGAAACGUCUUUUAGAUUCAAGUGACAAUACGAAAACACCACUUCAAAAAUCAUUGGAUCGCAUGGCCCUCGUACUGUUAGCCAUUGCUAUCACCGCUGUCAUUAUCGUAUUUGCUGCUGCCAAAUUCCAUAUCACGAACGAGGUUGUUCUUUAUGCUAUUUCUACUUCCAUUUCCGUAAUUCCUGAAGGACUUGUUGCUGUCGUCACAUUAACGCAGGCCUUUGGUGUUCACGCAAUGGCUAAAAGCAAAGCUCUUGUGCGCCGUCUUGCUGCUCUCGAAUUAUUGGGUGCCGUUACCAACGUUUGCUCUGAUAAGACAGGGACACUGACUCAAUCUAAAAUGGUGCUCACUCGUCUUUGGAGGCCCAACGCUGGUUUUUACUCUGUGAGUGGUCUUGGCUUUACUAUUGAAGGUGAAGUGACGUCGGAAUCAGACGGUCAAGCGAUAACUCAAAAUAACAUGGAUCACGGUUUUCGUUCGUUGGUACAUGCAGCUGCUCUUUGUAAUAUGAGUGAAGUCCGUAAAGAGAAACAAACAAAUGAAUGGGUUGGGAUCGGUGAUCCAACAGAAGUUGCGCUUCAAGUUUUCGCUCAUAAACUUCAGUAUGGUAAACCUGCCUUAACGAAGAAAAAAACGGACGCCGCUGAUGAACAACCAUCACGAGAUGGUUGGAAAUUGAUCUCUGAAUAUCCUUUCGAUUCUUCAAUCAAACGCAUGUCGGUUCUUUGUCAAUCUCCUGAUGAUGGCUAUAUCGCGUUUUUAAAGGGUGCCACUGAGCGUGUAUUGGAACGAUGCGUAGGUAUGCAAAUGUCUGAAGCAGGCAAUGUGCGCUCCAUGUCUCUGCAAGAACUACAAAAUACAAUAUUGCCUAAAGUGGAUGCGCUCGCUCGUGGUGGUCUUCGUGUAUUAUCACUCGCCAUGCGUCGUAUUAAGUACGAUGGAUUGGUUAAACCUGACACCUUUGAACGUGAUUUUAUUGAACAAGAAAUGAUAUUCCUUGGUUUAGUCGGUAUUUAUGAUCCCCCUCGUGAAGAAUCGAAAGCAGCCGUCGAAGAAUGUCAUCGAGCUGGUAUAACUGUUCAUAUGCUUACAGGUGAUCACAUUGCUACGGCUACGGCGAUCGCUCGUGAGGUCAGCAUUGUCCCUCCGACUUAUGGAUUGCAAAAAGAUGAAGAACUGUACGAAAAAGUACAGGCAGCAGGUGUUAAGCCUCAUAUUGCGGAUGGUAGAACUGAUGAUUUAGUGAUGACGGCACAACGUUUUGAUAAAAUGUCUGAACAAGAAAUUGAUGCACUUCCUGAGCUACCUUUGGUGAUUGCUCGCUGCAGUCCUGAUACGAAGGUCAAGAUGAUUGAAGCUUUGCACCGCCGUAAAAAGAUUGCAGGUAUGACAGGCGACGGUGUGAAUGAUAGUCCUUCCUUGAAAGAGGCUGAUAUUGGUAUUGCUAUGGGUGAGAAUGGCUCUGAUGUCGCUAAGCAAGCAGCCGAUAUUGUGCUUGUGGAUGAUAACUUUGCUACUAUUGUCAAAGCAAUUGAAGAAGGUCGUCGGGUGUUUGGUAACAUUGCUCGUUUUGUUGUCCACAUGGUAUCCGGCAACGUUGCUGAAUUAACACCAUUGCUUUUGGGUCUUGUGUUUAUUGAUCAAACUGGCAGCUCUGUGUUCCCCAUGACACCUAUUCAAAUUUUGUUUAACAAUAUUUUGACCAGUUCACCGCCGGCCAUGAGCUUAGGUCUCGAACCAGUUCAUAAGGAUCAAAUGUUUCAGCCUCCUCGUUCCGAGAAAGAAGGUCUUUUCAGCCUUUGGAAUCUAAUCGACAUCAUCUUUUAUGGGUUUAUGAUUGGCGUCAUUUGCUUGGCGAACUUUAUCAUUGUGCUCUACGCUUAUGGUACAGGUGAUUUGGGUUUAGACUGUAAUGGUCACUAUAAUGAAAGUUGCUCUGAAGUUUUCCGCGCUCGUGGUGCUCUUUUUGCUACAUUGACCGUCAUUGUCUUGUUACAUGGAUUUACUUGUCGUGACCUUCGUAACUCAACCUGGUCUUGGUCUGCUUUACGUGGACCUCAAAACAAAUAUCUGUUUUGGUCUACUCUGUUUGGCUUUAUUCUGUUGAUUAUCACACUUUAUGUUCCUGUCUUGAAUACUGAAGUAUUUAGACACAGACCUAUUUCUUGGGAAUGGGGCAUGACAGUUGCUUCUGUUCUCUUAUAUAUUGCCAUUGCUGAAAGUUAUAAAUGGGUUAAAAGACGAUUUUUCUGA